AUGCGCAUGCCCAAGCACCCAAACAUUGUCCCGUUCGACUCCUUGGUCGUCGACAGGAUUGACGGCGUCGACAGGGUGGUCGGGUUCACCACUCGUUAUAUUCCUGGCGGAACCUUGUAUGAGAAUAAGGAACGAGUCUUCAAGCUGAAGUACCUGGAGCAGCUGAUCAAUGUCGUCGAUCACCUCAACCUCCGGCUGGGCAUCGUCCACGGCGACAUAUGCCCCUGGCACCUGCUCAUUGAUGCCGAAACAGACUGCAUCCAACUCUUCGACUUCAACUGGGCGGCAAAGCUGGGCUGGGAGGGAGACGGGGAGGACGGAUGGAGGUUUAGAUACGAUGCGGAGCGCAACGACGUCAAAUUUGUGAUGUUUACCGUGUACGAGCUCAUCACGCGCGAGUUCUGCUUCGCGGAGGAAUUUUACCCCCACGAGCUUGACGCUUCCAAGAUCCAGCGCAAGCGGAAAUGGACGAAGCACCCGGAUACGAAGCUUGACAGGCCCGUAGAGGAGUACCGGCGGGUUCUGGACGAGUGGGUGGCUAGAAGGACCGAAGCCGACAAAGUGGUCGAUCAUUCCACCAAGGCGCUGGAUACGGGCCUGUGA